AUGGCCGACAUCAUGGAGCUGCGGACUGAUGGAAACUCGCUCCUGAAGGCAGUAUGGCUCAGACGCUUGAGACUCACCCGGCUCCUGUUGGAAGGAGGUGCCUAUAUCAAUGAGAGCAAUGAACGAGGAGAGACGCCACUCAUGGUGGCCUGCAUGUCCACGCACACCGACCAGCAGAGUGUGAGCAAGGCAAAGCUGGUGAGGUAUUUGCUGGACAACCAGGCAGACCCCAACAUACAGGACAAAAUAGGCAAGACAGCUCUGAUGCAAGCCUGCAUCCACAGGGCUGGACAUGAGGUGGUGGAUCACCUGCUGAGCGACGGAGCUGAUCCGAGUCUGGAGGACAGGAGUGGAGCCUCAGCCCUGGUCUAUGCCAUCAAUGCAGAUCAUAAGGAGACACUGAAGCUGCUCCUGGAUGCAUGCAAAGCUAAAGGCAAGGAGGUCAUCAUCAUCACCACAGACAAGUCACCUUCUGGUACGAAAACUACCAAACAAUACCUGAAUGUCCCCCCAUCACCAGGGCUGGUUGAGAGGUCCUCCCCAGCAUACUGCACCUCUCCCUCUGAUAUUGACGUUAGUGCAUCUCCCAAUCCUGAGCAAGAGCAACAAAAUACGGUCUUCAGUUUUCAGACAAAGCUGAAAACUUCUAGUUCUGCUGCCAAGCUUCCCAGCGGGCCCACGUCUCCAACACGGAGACCUGUGAACCCCAAACGUGCACGUUUGCCUCAGCUGAAAAGGCUCCAGUCGGAGCCUUGGGGGCUAAUUGCUCCCUCAGUCCUGGCCGCAGCCGCUGCCCAAGAGGAGAGCAAGAAAUCAACCUCUGAGGAGGAUGUUGUGUCAGGGGUAAACGGACUCUCUCUGAGUAAGAGAUCGGUUUUAUCUCGACAGAACAGUGUGGAUGGGAAAGAAAGUUUAUUCCCACUGGUAGGUGAACAGGCCUGCAAAAUGACAACAUCGCAGUCGGGUCCUUCAUUGUCUAAGGCAUCAUAUGAGAGGUCUCUAAACCAGCACCAGCCCCUGGCACGGCGCAGUACUGUACCCACAGAGCCGGACAGCAGCAGCUGCAGCAGUGGAGUAGCCAAUCUGAGAGACACAAUGCACAGGAGACGUCUGGGGAACGAUCAUUAUGAUUCAGACUCACAGCUCUAUUCAGACUCUGCGAUGUUAGACUCUCCUAAGGUCCCCGUGGAGCGAAGAAAACUAAACACUUCUCCUCUAGCAAUGCUGACCAGCUCCAGAGAGUCUCUCGACAGCAACACCAGCACAUCCUCUCCCAGCACAGCACGCAGACGUGCACCCGGCCUCCUGGAGAGGAGAGGCUCGGGCACGCUGCUGUUGGACCACAUCUCUCACACCAGGCCCGGGUUCUUGCCCCCUCUCAACUUCAACCCCAACCCUCCCAUCCCUGACAUCGGGGCCUGCAAGCCCUCCUCACCUCUCUCCACAGGUAUUAGAUCUAUAGCUCCAGUAGCACCGAGCACACCAAAGAGAGGCGGCCUCCAUUCCAAGAAGAAACUGAUAAGAAGGCACUCUAUGCAAGUAGAGCAGAUGAAGCAGCUUUCGGAUUUUGAAGAGCUGGCUCAUUAG